AUGAUAAAGAUUGGAAAGAUAUUUUUAAUUGCAGUAAUGGUAACUGCAAUAGCUGCUCAACAAUCAUUGUGUUAGCCAAAAAACCGUAUCCAAUGCUUAUUUUCAAACUUGUGUAUAUGGAAUACAAAUGGAAUUUGUGUUGAAUCCUAAGUGAAUGAAAUCAUCCCAUGUCAUAAUUUCAUUAAUUCUGAAGAAUGUGGACAAUAUUCAACUUGUACUUGGAAUGACUUAAAUUCAACUUGUAAUACUAACGCUUGUGAUUAAGUUGAUAAAUUCUAUAUCUGUAAAUCUUAUAGAGAAUGUUAAUGGGUCGAUGGUGUCGGCUGCUAAAAUAGAUCAUCAUGA